AUGACAAGUAUUGAAAAAAAUGUUCGGAUUCGUAGGCGGACAGAAGAUGCGUUUUUUUGGGAACGUGUUCAAAAAAGUUUCCCUCACCCUAUUGAUAAGUGGGCAAUAGCUGAUGCUCAAUCUGCUAUAGAAAAGAAAAAGAGGAGAAAUCCUCUCUCUCUCCCUGUAGAAAAAAUUCAUCCUUUAUUAAAGGAGGUCUUAGGUUAUAAAGUUGACCACCAAGUAUCUGUUUACAUAGUAGCAGUAUUAGAAUAUAUUUCCGCAGAUAUUUUAAAACUUGUUGGAAAUUAUGUACGGAAUAUACGGCAUUUUGACAUUACGAAGCAAGACAUAAAAGUAGCAAUGUGCGUCGAUAAGGUAUUGAUGGACAUGUUUUAUCAAGAUGAAGAAGACAUGAGCUUCCUAAACUUAGCAGAAGAAGAACCAUCUACGUUAGGGGAACAAACAUACUAUGAUCUUGUUAAGUCGUUUAUGGCUGAAAUUAGACAGUAUAUAAGGGAACUGAACCUCAUCAUCAAAGUGUUUCGAGAACCAUUUGUAUCUAGCCCAAAAUUAUUUUCCGCUCACGAACUGGCAUUCGACCCUUACGAAUCCUAUGCUCAGGAUAUUUUGCGACCAGGCUUUCACGAUCACUUCCUGGGUCAGCUGUCAAAGCCUGGUGCUGCUCUCUAUUUACAGUCCAUAGGUGAAGGUUUUAAAGAAGCUGUGCAAUAUGUUUUGCCUCGGCUGCUUCUCGCACCUGUUUACUACUGCCUGCACUACUUUGAAUUUAUAAAGGUAAGAUAUAGGUAUAACCUAGCAUACUGGCAUCUAUAUGUUUACCAGAAAAACAAAUCAGUUUUAAAUGUGUGUCGACAUUGGGUAGAACAUCAUUUCUAUGACUUUGAAAGAGAUGAAACUCUAUUGCUGCGGCUAGAAGAGUUUAUUGGGACAGUAAGAGGAAAAGCUAUGAAAAAAUGGGUAGAAUCCAUAACAAAAAUCAUUCAGCGCAAAAAGCAGGCUCAAGCCAAUGGACAGAGUCACAAUAUAACAUUUGAAAGUUUACCACCACCUAUAGAAUGGCACAUCAGCAGGCAUUAUGAAUCGUUUGACUUGCUUACGUUGCACCCAAUAGAGAUUGCUCGACAGCUGACUUUGCUUGAGUCAGAUUUAUACAGGUGCAUUGUUGAAACUGACAAUCUAGAAGAACGAGUCGUUGUAGUCAGUCGUAUCAUUGAAAUCCUACAAGUCUUUCAAGAGCUAAAUAACUUUAAUGGUGUGCUUGAAGUUGUUAGUGCCAUGAACUCCUCACCUAUCUACAGAUUAGAUAACACAUUUGAGCAAGUACACAGCCGUCAGAGAAAAAUUUUAGAAGAAGCUCAUGAACUGAGUGAAGAUCAUCAAAAGAAAUAUUUGGCUAAACUCAGGUCAAUUAAUCCACCAUGUGUGCCUUUCUGUGGAAUUUAUUUGACAAAUAUCUUGAAAACAGAAGAAGGCAACCCUGAUUUUCUGAAGAGACAUGGGAAGGAACUGGUGAAUUUUAGCAAGAGGAGGAAAGUAGCUGAAAUCACUGGGGAGAUCCAGCAGUAUCAGAAUCAACCUUAUUGCUUACAAGUUGAGCCUGAUAUUAGGAGAUUUUUUGAAAAUCUGAAUCCAAUAGGGAAAGCAUCCGAAAAAGAUUUUGAAGAUUAUUUAUUUAAGAAGUCAUUGGAAAUUGAACCUCGGAAUGCAAAGACUUUACCAAGAUUUGCAAAAAAGUACAGUUAUUCCCUAAAAUCUCCUGGUGUGCGCCCAUCCAAUCCAAGACCAGGUACAAUGAGGCAUCCAACUCCCCUACAACAAGAACCAAGAAAAAUCAGUUACAGUCGCAUUCCUGAGAGUGAAACAGAAAGUGCAGCCUCUGCACCUAAUUCACCGCGGACACCUCUUACACCACCACCUCCAUCUACAGCAUCCAGCACUACUGAUGUGUGUAGUGUGUUUGAUCCAGACCCCUCAAGUCCUUUCCAUUCACGCUCUGCUUCAGUGUCAUCCAUAAGUUUUCCUAAGAGCUCAGAUGAGAUGCACGUUCCUCCACCAGUCCCCCCUCGAAGACGGCCAGAGUCUGCCCCAACUGAGUCUUCUCCCUCAAAGAUUAUGUCUAAACAUUUGGACAGCCCACCCGCAAUCCCGCCUCGUCAACCUACGUCAAAAGUAUAUUCCCCAAGGUACCAGGUGUCUGACCGUUCAUCACUCUCUGAUACACCAGAUAGUCCCCCACUACUACCACCACGGGAACCAGUUCGUACCCCAGAUGUAUUUUCCAGUUCUCCACUACAUCUACAGCCGCCUCCUCUAGGCCGAAAAAGUGAACUUGCAAACACUUUCUUCCCAUACAGUCCGUCUCCUUUUACCCCACCUCCUCCACAGACUCCCUCUCCUCUUGGGACAAGAAGACAUCUGCCUUCUCCUCCCUUAAUAACUCAAGAUGUAGAACUGCCUUCCAUCACCACUGGACCUCCUGUCCCACCCAGACAAAGCACUUCUCAGCCUAUCCCAAAGCUCCCCCCAAAAACUUAUAAAAGGGAGGCUCAACUUCCCUCUAUUCACAGAGAUGGGCCUCCUUUGCUGGAAAAUGCAAAUUCUUCAUAAUAGUGUAACCAAAACACUAAGAUAUUUGUUUUUCUUUGAAAACAAAAAUAAUUAAAACUGUAAACUACAAACUUAAUGCCAACUGAAAAAUAACAAAGGGACAAGACUGUCUUAUACUUAUUCAUCUGUACUGCGUGUUGCACCAUGAAAAAAAGACUUAAAUGAGCAACAAACUGGUUGCAACAAAAUCUAUAAUUACCGGCAAGGUAAUAGAGAUGUAUCCACCACAGAUGGAGACAUUUCAACUAGAAUAUUAUGCACUUUUUUAUAUAUAUAUAAAUAUAUAUAUAUAUAUAUCUAAAACAGGGAUGUUUAUAUCCUACUUAUUUUUUUCUUUUGCUUUAUGCCUCUGCUUUAAAAAAAAUGUUUGUUUUUUUUGUUUGUUUGUUUUGUUCUUUUUUUUAAUUGCGAGAUGGACUGUGAUAAAUAUCUGUGGUACCUAACUUUAUAAAACUAAAGUAUAGCGCUGUAUUGCAGUCUAGUUUACAAAUGUUAAAUGUAAUGUAAUUCUAUUGGUACCUGCUUCACCAAAGAGGUACUUUUUGGGGGUUUUUUGUUCUUUUUUUUUUGUUUUGUUUUAAAUAAAAAUGACAAAUGAUCUUGUUGCCAGUUAAGAAAAGAAUGUUUUUGCUGGAAAGAAUGUGUAAUUAUUGCCUUUUUCAGACAAGGGAAAAUAGUCUUAUAUCAUUAAAGCAGCAGCAAAGCCAUGUCUAUCAUUUUCUGA